GAGACCACAGGCAGGAAAGAAGGUCUUUUUAGAGGACACUUCCAACAGCAGAAUGAGGUGCAGCCGAGGUGCCUAGGGGACAAGAUUGAUGAGUAACCCUGAUCUUCCACACGAGUGGGCAAAGAAUGCAGGAUAUGUGUGUGGGGGGUAUCGGUCACUCAGGAUUCUGGGUCUGUGUCUACAAGAUUACCUGGCUCGCCGUUUUCAUCUGCUGUCUCCGCUGCCAGUCCUCCUGGCCUUGGGCCUCUGGUGUGUGCUUGACACGAUGAACUGUGAACUUCUAGCCACAUGUAGUGCCCUUGGGUACUUGGAAGGGGACAUUUACCAUAAGGAGCCCGAUUGCUUAGAGAGCGUGAAGGACCUGAUCCGCUACUUGAGGCAUGAGGACGAGUCGAGAGAUGUGCGGCGGCAGCUGGGAGCUGCGCAGAUCCUGCAGAGUGACCUCCUGCCCAUCCUCACGCAGCACCGCCAGGACAAGCCUCUCUUCGACGCUGUCAUCAGGCUGAUGGUGAAUUUGACUCAGCCGGCCUUGCUCUGCUUUGGCAGUGUGCCUAAGGACCCCAGUGUGCGGCACCAUUUCCUGCAGGUUCUAACUCACCUGCAGACCUACAAAGAGGCCUUUGCCAGCGAGAAGACUUUUGGAGUCCUCAGUGAAACCUUGUAUGAGCUGCUGCAGCUGGGCUGGGAGGAUCGGCAGGAAGAAGAUAACUUACUGAUUGAACGGAUCCUACUGCUGGUCAGAAAUAUUCUCCAUGUCCCAGCUGACCUUGAGCAGGAGAAGAGGAUCGAUGAUGAUGCCAGCAUCCAUGACCGGCUGCUUUGGGCGAUUCAUCUCAGCGGCAUGGACGACUUGCUCCUCUUUCUGUCCAGCUCAUCUGCUGAGCAGCAGUGGAGUCUCCAUGUGCUGGAAAUUGUUUCCCUUAUGUUCCGAGACCAGAACCCUGAGCAGCUAGCAGGAGUAGGGCAGGGGCGCUUGGCCCAGGAGCGAAGCACAGACAUGGCAGAGCUGGAGGUGUUGCGCCAGCGGGAGAUGGCGGAGAAGAGAACUCGAGCCCUCCAGAGAAGCAACAGGCACUCUCGAUUUGGGGGCUCCUACAUUGUCCAGGGGUUGAAGUCCAUUGGGGAGAGGGACGUCAUCUUUCACAAAGGCCUUCACAAUCUCCGAAACUACAGCUCAGAUCUGGGGAAGCAGCCCCGGAGGGUGCCGAAGCGUCGCCAGGCUGCCCAGGAGCUGUCUGUUCACCGCCGCUCCGCCCUCAACGUGAGGCUCUUCCUCAGGGACUUCUGCUCCGAGUUCCUGGAGAACUGUUACAACCCACUCAUGGGUGCAGUCAAGGACCACCUGCUUCGGGAGAGAGCCCAACAGCACGAUGAGACGUACUACAUGUGGGCUUUGGCUUUCUUUAUGGCCUUUAACCGAGCUGCCUCCUUCCGCCCUGGCUUUGUCUCUGAGACCCUCAGUGUCCGUACCUUCCACUUCGUGGAGCAAAAUCUUACUAACUACUAUGAGAUGAUGCUGACUGACCGCAAGGAGGCCGCCUCCUGGGCACGCCGGAUGCACCUGGCUCUAAAAGCCUACCAGGAACUGCUGGCCACAGUGAAUGAGAUGGACAUUUGCCCAGAUGAGGCUGUGAGAGAGAGCAGUCGCAUCAUCAAAAACAACAUUUUCUAUAUGAUGGAGUACCGAGAGCUCUUCCUGGCGCUCUUUCGAAAGUUCGAUGAGAGAUUCCACCCACGUUCAUUCCUUCGUGACCUGGUGGAAACCACCCAUCUCUUCCUCAAGAUGUUGGAGCGGUUUUGUCGGAGCCGUGGGAACCUGAUGGUGCAGAACAAAAGAAAAAAGAGAAAAAAGAAGAAGAAGGUUCAGGACCAAGGUGUGGCUCCUGGUAAUGUCUCACAUAGCCCUGGUGAGCUGGAGACCCUGUGGCCAGCCCUGGAAGAACAGCUUCUGCGGUGUGCCCAGGACCCUGAGUUCAGGACAGACUCCAUCAUCCCCUUUGAUGCGGCUUCAGAGGUACCAGUGGAAGAGCAGCGAGUAGAAGCCAUGGUGAGGAUCCAAGACAGCCUUCUGGCUGGCCAGGCCCCACAGGCUCUGGGCCUCCUGCGCUCUGCCAGGGAGGUGUGGCCUGAAGGAAACGUGUUUGGCUCUCCGGUCACUUCGCCAGGGGAAGAAAUGCAGUUGCUGAAACAAAUCCUUCUUGCCCCCCUUCCGAGGCAGCAGGAGCCCAUAGAAGGAGAUGCGGACGAGGAAGAGGAGGAGGAGGAGGAGGAGGAGGAGGAGUUGCAGGUGGUGCAGGUGUCGGAGAAGGAGUUUAACUUUCUGGACUACUUGAAACGCUUUGCAUGCUCAACCAUUGUGCGAGCCUAUGUGCUUCUGCUGCGCAGCUACCGGCAGAACAGUGCUCACACCAACCACUGUGUUGCCAAGAUGCUGCACCGGCUGGCCCAUGACCUGGGAAUGGAAGCCCUGCUUUUCCAGCUGUCUUUGUUCUGCCUCUUUAACCAGCUGCUGAGUGACCCGGCCGCUGGAGCCUACAAAGAGCUGGUGACUUUUGCCAAAUACAUCCUUGGCAAGUUCUUCGCAUUGGCUGCAGUCAACCAAAAAGCUUUUGUGGAGCUGCUGUUCUGGAAGAACACUGCAGUGGUUCGAGAGAUGACUCAGGGAUACGGCUCUGUCGACAGUGGGUCUUCCAACCACAGAGCUGCUGCGUGGAGCCCUGAGGAAGAGGCCCAGCUUCAGGAACUAUACCUCGCCCAUAAGGAUGUGGAAGGUCAGGAUGUAGUGGGAACUAUCCUUGCGCACCUGAAAACUGUUCCUCGAACACGCAGGCAGGUCAUCCACCAUCUGGUGCAGAUGGGACUGGCCGACAGUGUCAAGGACUUCCAAAGGAAAGGGACCCAGAUUGUCUUGUGGACUGAGGAUCAGGAGUUGGAGCUGCAGCGGCUCUAUGAGGAGUUCCAGGGUUCUGAUGAUGUUCUUGGUCAUAUCAUGAAGAAUAUCACAGCCAAACGUUCUCGGGCUCGAAUAGUAGACAAACUGCUGGCCCUGGGGUUGGUGUCUGAGCGGCGGCAACUGUACAAAAAACGGAGGAAGAAAUUGGCGCCCUCUUGCAUGCCAAAUGGAGACGCAUCCCUGAAGGGUUCUUGGCAGGAAGAUCCGGAAGAGGAGGAAGAACACUUGCCAGAGGAAGAGAGUGAGGAAGAGGAGGAGGAAGACUUGGAAGCAGAACCAGUGCAGGGUAGCUCAUUUCUCUCUGCUGGGAACCUUGGUCAAAGCCUGCGUCAGGAAGGCCUCUCUGCUCCCCUCCUGUGGCUCCAGAACUGCCUGAUUCGCGCAGCAGAUGAUAGACAAGAGGGUGGCUGCUCCCAAGCAAUCCCUCUGGUGCCUCUGACAGAGGAAAAUGAGGACGCAAUGGAGAAUGGACAAUUCCAGCAUCUUCUACGCAAGCUAGGGAUCCGGCCUCCUAUCCCAGGGCAGGAAACCUUCUGGCGAAUCCCAGCCAAGUGGAGCUCCACCCAGCUCCGGAGAGUGGCCAUUUCUUUGAAUCAACAAGAGGAGGAGGAAAGGGAAGAGGAGCCAGAGCUACAUCCAGGAGCUCCUGUAGAGCACCAUCCCAGUGAGGAGCAUAGCCCCAGCGAGGAGCACAGCCCCAGUGAGGAGCACCGUCCCAGUGAGGAGCAUAGCCCCAGUGAGGAGCACCGUCCCAGUAAGGAGCACCGAGCCAAGGCCCUGAGAGCUCUCUUGUCAGCCCGUAAGAAGAAAGCAGGCCGGGUGUCUCCAGAAGUCACUUCGGAGGAAGAGACCUCUGGGGACAAAGAGUGGAAAAGAGUGUCCAAGAAGCGAGAACUGCUGGACAGUGAUGAAGAAGGUGCCGAGGGCAGGGGGCAAGCACCAGAGCUGAGAACUCCAGUACUCCACAAGAAGAAACGGUUUCAAAUACAGGAUGAUGAUGAUGAUGACUGAGAAGCCGGUGCCUCGCGCUGGAGCCAGUCGCAGGUGGAAGGCUCGGCAGCUGCUGCACUGGCAUUGACUCGGUCUUUCCUCGCUGACGGCCCAGGAGUCCUGCGCCUCCGCAGUCAGGCCUACUCCAGUUUCAUCAGUGGGCACCGCUGGUCUCUUAGGAAACGAGCCGUAAAGGAAAUAGCCAGGGCAGCCCGUACUCCUCUCUGUGACUGUCUGCAGGAGGCGGGUCUCAACCUCAGACACAGGGCUUCAUAAGUGCAUGGGGGUUCACACCCUCAUCUUCUUUCCAGUGGUUGAUCCCUGGGCACAGAUUGAGCCCGUUCCUGCAGUCGAGGUACUGUUGGGAUGCACUACUCUCAAGAUGACAAACCUUGAUUUGUGUUUCAUAUUAAACAUAAAAUUAAAAGUUGAUCAUGCCGGGCAGUGGUGGCGCACACCUUUAAUCCCAGCACUUGGGAGGCAGAGGCAGAUGGAUCUUUAUGAGUUCCAGGCCAGCCUGCAUGGUCUACAGAGUGAGUACCAGGACAGGCACAGAGAUAUACAGAAACCCUGUCUUGAAAAACCAAAAAAAAAAAAAAGAAAGUUGCUGAUAUUGAUAUAUUUUGUGACUUAGGGUUCACCAGCCAGGUGUCUGUUGUGUCUUUGGAAGAAAUUUAAGAGUUAGAGUUGAAAUCAUUUCAGAUUACAAGGAGGAGGAGAAGGGGGUUAUACCAUCACGCUGGACCCAAUAAGUGUAAUUUUAAAAAGAGAAACUUCUCUUUUCUUCUGCCGUUCCCAAAUAAACAAAAGCAGUGUUACCCCAA